AUGACGAUCAAGUCUUUACAAGCCAGCCAACGUCAAUUGGAGGCAAGGUUGAGUCAGAACGAGAAGCUAUGUGCAGGUCGAUUAGCGGGAAGCCUGCUAAGUGAUACUAUGGAAUACCGCAGGGCAGUUCAACAGGAACAAGCCAAGGUGGUGUCACUUUGCAGUGGAAAGAAACUCACUUCCACAAGUGAGGUUCCAAUUCUACCACCUGUAGCUGUGCCUCAGGAAGCUGAAGACAUCAUUGACCUUACUGAAGAAAGAGAAGAUGCAGUGGAUCAGAGACUUCAGAAGCAAGAAGAAUGGAGAAUAUAUGAGGAGAAGCAAGCUAUGUUGCAACAAAUAUAUGAUUCUCAAGAGACUAGGCGACAAGAGACCUUAAACUCUCAAGAGCUCAUGCAACAAAUUCAAAUUCAAAUGCAAAGGAUCGUAGAGUCAACAAAGAAAAUGGAAUCUUCUUUCCAACAAUAUGCCGAGGAGGAAGAGAUUAGAUUGAAAAGUAUUGCACUUGAAGAAGAGAAAGAAGAAUGCGAAGAGUGGCAACAUGAGUUCGAGCAAGAGAUCCAAGAUUUGGUUUUGGAAGAAAAUUUUUCUAACAAAAAUUCUUUCAUUUUUUCCAUUUCUUAUCCACAGGUUGAAAGUGUUGUUGAAGAAAAUAAUUCCAUGUCAUUGGAUUCCAAUAUUUUACAUCUUGAAGUUGAUAUUGAGGAGUCGAAUGAUUUGUCAUUGUUUGAAGAGGUUGAGUCCAAGAAACAAGAUUUUUCUUUGAUGGAUAACUUCUAUGACAUAUUUGAUUCCAUUACUGUGCCUCUUGAAGAAGAAGUUCAUCGUGCCUUAAACUCUAUGUCAAGGUGGAAUUACUAUCAAAUUAGUGGAGUUGCUGGUCAUGUCCCUAUUAUUUCUACAUCUUGUUCGCUCAAAGUGGUUGAUGAACAUGAAGAUAUAAUACUCAUGGAUUCAUAUGAGGAGAUUGAACACAUUGAUUUUGUGUUUGGUGAUACAUUCUCAUGGGAAGUUCUGGUUCCCCAAAAUUUCUCAAAAUUCUGGAUAGUUGAUGGUCAAUGGAUGUUUGUGAAGAAGCAUAAGAAGACCAUGACGAAUUUGUUCCUCUGGAAUAACAUGAAACAUGAUUCGAGCACGAAUCGUUUCAAGGAAGGGGGAUAUGAUGUGAUCCCGGAUGGCCCGUUGAGUGUCAUACCUAACUAUGAUGAUCAUUACAUUGAUUAUGAUCAUAUAGGGGCUGUAUGUUGUCAUAUUGAGGUUGGGAUCAAGGAUGAUGGAAGAUUGAAGCCAAAAUAUGGUUCGCGUCAAGCUAGAAUCAAGUCGACAAUGAAAUCAAAAGAAUCACGUCGACAUGAUGGUCCAGCAAAUGAGGUAGACGAGAAAGCUAACAAGGUGUGCAUCAAUGAUUUAGUCGGGAAGAAGCAAUUAAUAAAGAGGAAUGAUGUGGACAUCGUAGGUAAUCAAGCUUAA